AUGUCGUGGCAAGCAUAUGUUGAUGAUAGCAUGAUCGGCAGUGGCCAUGCUGAUAAAGGUGCCAUAUUCGGUUUUGAUGACCUCGGCAUGUGGGCUAGCUCCACUGGGUUUAACAUAACACCAGAAGAAAUUAAAGUUAUUCAUGACGCAUUAAAUUCAGCCAAUCUAGAAAAAUUACAAUCUGAGGGGAUAUUUAUUGCUGGGGUGAAAUAUGUGUUUUCAAAUAAAGGAGUUCGCAGCCUAUAUGCUAGGAAGGGAACAGAAGGUGUUGUUAUCGUCAAUACAGCUAAGACAAUCCUAAUUGCCCAUCACAAUGACACAAUGAUUGCUGGAAAUUGUUCAACUGUUAUUGAAGGAUUGGCAGAUUAUCUUGGUAGCUCAGGUUAUUAA